CUCGAGACGACAUCAGUCGGUGUGAACCACAGAUUAUAAUACAUAGUGGGCUGCUGUUAACAAUUUUCUAAUACAAUAUUGGACAAUGACAGUAAAACAAUAGUAAUUAAUCUUGUAAAUUAGUACUUCAAUAAUAAUGAUAAACAUUAUAAUAUACAUGUAGACUACAGUUCUUGUGUGAUUUAAUUUAUAAGCGCCCUUCAUUAUUAGGAAAGCUAACAGCAGUAGUUAUCGUAUAAUUAUCUACUUGUCAAUCAUAUGUUAGCAAUUAGUGAUGUCAGUUUGUUUACUAAUGAAACAUUAGGCAAAAAAGUGCAGAUUUUCUAAGUUUUCGUUAUGAACUUAGACGAAUCUGCUGGAUGUUCGUCGAGUAAAGGACAAGAAAAUGGCGACGCAUCGAAUGGUUCCGAGCGCCCACUCAAGAAAGCACGUUUUGCGUGGCAAGUUAAAGGGAAAUAUCACCUAAAGAAUGAAACAAGUGGGCAACCAAAAACAUCUACUACAGAAUCUAUCGAUCCACCUGCCGUAGCUGGUUCUUCAGGCAGUGGAAGUAGUAACAACAUAGGUACAGAACAAAACCUAGAGAGACUGGGUGAUUACUUAAUGAAACAAGACUUCAAUACUUUAGACUCUGUUAUGGCAGAUCCUGACAAUUCUCAUCUCAACCCAAGUGCAACUGAUAAUUUUCAAUACCCAAGAUAUGUAAGCUCUCGAGUUGAAGCACUGCCAAGACAUAUUCUGCAGACUGAUUAUAAUUAUAAUGAUGAUGAUGAAAUGGAGUCAGUUCCUAUGUCAUUGGUUCCAUCACAGUGUUAUACAGAAGAUCAAUGCAUAGCAAGAUGGCAGGCCAGACAGAUGGCAAAAGGAGUUGUUGACAACACUAUAAACCGUGUUUUGGAUACCUGGGUACAUGUCCCAGUGCCGCCAGAAGAUAACAGCACCAGGACCCUGGCUCUUGAUGUAGCAGAUUUUAUUAACAACCUCCCUUCAGACAACAGUGUUGAAAAUGAAGGGAUACUUAUGGCUAUUUCCGCACAUGGGUUACAAAACCCAGACUUUGAUGAAUUCCGUGAAUCUCCGACAGAUGAACAGUUUAACAAUAUUGAAUUAUGUUUAUCUCCUUUUAACUCAGAUGAUGAAAACCCAGUCAAUCGUAAUCACACAUGUCAUCUUGGUACUUCUUCAGCUGACUUAGAAAUGCCAUGGUCAUAUUCAGAUGACCAGAAAGAUGACUUUGCAAUGAUUCCGGGUGCUGCCAGUUUGUCAUAUCAAUUUCUUGCUGAGAAUCUCCGUAACCAAAACAACAUGGAAAUCGAGGAUGACAACAAUGAUGAAUCAUUUGACUAUCUCAAUGAGAAUCAAAAUAAUUCUGAUGAGGCAUCUGAUGAUGCUACUGAUGAAGCCACUGACGCUGCUGCUGAGGGUGACAAUCAUUGUGAUUUCUUAGAUGCAGCAGUUCUAUAUGCCAUUCAGAGUAGAGGAUUAACCACGUUUGGAAGCGAUUAUGGCUAAUUACUCAUACUUGUAAAGUUCAAUUAAAAUUUGAAUUAUAUUUCUAUAGGUAUAUGUUGCUUUUAAAGACUUAAUAGGCACAAAUAGUUUUUAACUAUACAAUGGUGCAAUUCUGCCAUAAAAUCAGUAUUUUAAACAUAAUAAAUAUUAUCCCCAAGUUUACAUCUGUUACUUGCUAUAUGUAUUCCAAUUUCAUGUAAAUAAAGUGUAUUAUUAUUAUAAUUUUAAAGAAAUCUGAGAGAAAUUCGUGUGUACUGUACUUGUGUUAAAUGUUGUAGUAAAGUACAAAGUUUCAAAAUAUUGAAACAUAUCAAGUGACUGAUUUUGAAAUGGACUUCGUUUUUUUACAUUACCAAUACAUAUUUUAAUAACGGCUUGUCCAAUAUCAUUUAAGUGUAAUCUGUCCAUUAUUAUAAUCUCUAGAUUAAAUUUUAUAAUUUUUGGUAUAUCUUGGUUUUUAUUUGUAUAAAAAGUUAUUGUGUAUGGUCAAUGCAUUUUUGUUGUCAUGUUUUAAUUUUAAAAUAAUUUACAAUUUUAACUGAAAGUAGAUUUAUUUGUUAUAUUCAUGCAAAUAUUUUUAGUAAAGAGUAGGUACUCUUAUAACAUAGUGUUAGUGUAAAUGUAUGCCAUACUGACAUUACAGUCAAUAAAAUGAUACUCAACCAA